UCUGAGGGAUUUGUUUUUCUGUCCUACAGGCAGCUAUAUGCAGUACCUUGAGCGCCCAGCUCAAGCAACCCUUUCUUUUCCACACUGAUACCAUUAAACACUGGGGUAGCUGUUACAAUUGAACUGCGUUUAAUUGGUUUCUUGUCAAUUAUAGGAAGUAUAUGUGGGUGGGGAAGCUGAGCUCCAGGCAGCUGGUAACCUGCCCUGCCCCUAGGAGAAGGACUUUGUUUUGAAUCUUUCUAAAUAUAUUUUGUAACUGAAUCUGGUGCGUUUGUUCUUUCCGGAAAAACAAGUUGCAUACAGCAAGCCCUGGGGAAGAGAAGCAAAGGAGACUUAGCCACUGGCAGAACAAAAAAUUGAAAGAAUUAGAGUCACUGUUCUCCUGGAGACUCUCCAGCUCUGCAAUGUUGAAGUACCACUUUGUGCAAAACGCCCUGCUAAGCACAAUGAGAGCAUGAAUCUGAUGACUUCAGCAGGCCCCACGGCCAAUUCUGUGUUUGUGAUGGCACCCCACAACGGGUAUCCUGUGAUACCCGGAAGCUUGUCUCAGGUGCCCCUGUAUCCACUCACCCAGCCCCAAGUCCACCAAAUUUCUGGGAACCAACCUGGUUUGGAGCCACCUGUGUCUAUGCAACCUGCCCAGAGGUCCUUAAAAGAAGCCAAAGUUUUAGGGGCCAUCCAGAUCCUGAUCGGCCUGAUACACAUCGGCCUCGGCAGCGUCAUGGGCACCAUCGUUCUCUGGUACUACACUGCUGUCUCAUUCUACGGAGGCUAUCCCUUCUGGGGAGGCAUCUUGUUCAUCAUUUCAGGAUCCCUCUCAGUGGCAUCAGAACAGCUACCAAGAUCUUCUUGCCUGCUGAAAGGUAGCAUGGGCUUGAGUAUUGCCAGUGCAAUCUGCUCUUUGGUCGGAAUCAUGCUCCUCAUCACAGAUAUGGCUAUUAACAACCUGUAUAGCUCCUUCAGCUCCUAUCCCUGCAGUGGUAUGGUCUCUGGAGUGACUACUUCUGCCGUGCUGUUCAUCUUUAGCCUCCUGGAGUUCUGCAUUGCCUGCACGUCUGCCCACUUUGGCUGUAAACUGGUCCGCUAUUCACACAAUAAUGGCACUGUGGUCUUUCAAACCGUCUAUGUGACAAAUCCAGUGGCCAAUCCUGAACCAGUGAACUCACCACCGUCUUAUUCCAAUGAGGUCCAGGACUCCAAAUAAGCCAAAGGUUCUAGAAGCAUCUUUCACUGGAACUAAAAGAAGAACUCCCCUUUCUGGUCUUCUGAAACUCAGCUUUUUCCUUCCCUGACAAACUAAGGAAUGUGUCUCUCCAACUGUUGGCACCCUGUACUUCAUUCACUUCAGCUUGGUUAAUCAUGCUGUUCCUCCAUUUAAAAGGAGACAGGACUUUAAAGUGGUUUUGAGCAAAAAGGUCCUCCCUACAACAUCCCCCUGUGGGAUGUCUAGUGCACAUAUUCAUAUGUUUACUUGUGUGAGCUUAUGUGUUAGUGAAACAAAUGUCUAGACAACCCAAGCUUCAUUCUCCCAAUCAUUCACUCACUGAAUAAAAGUGCACUGAGCAUAUGA